AUGCAGCAGCAACUCAGGCUGCUGCCAGACUCUCGGGAAGAAAUCAACUUCUACUUCAAGGGCCCCCACGACCCCCAAUUUGCUGCCAGCUUGCUGGACGCUCUGGCCUUUUUGCUGCGCCAAAUGCUCGCCCAGGACUACCUGCUGGAGAACCUGCUACCGCUGGAGCGUCUCUUGACCUUCCAGCUGGUGGCAGCAGAACGCCUCCGCCCUGGAGACAGCCCCCAACUAGAGGCCACUCGAGCCUUUCUAACUCAGCUAGCCAUGAGGUACCGGGCUUGA